GUGUGCAACAGAAGAGAACACAAUUACUAGCAUGGCGCUUUUCUCUUCCACCUUCUUCUCUCUUCUUUUCUCUCUCCUCUCCUCUUCUCUUCGUGUGUGAAAAAACAACGUUGUGCCUUCCCGCUCCGCUUACAGCUCAGCGUACGUGGCAAAGUAGAAGAGCGGGAGGAGAUACGUGCCCUUUAUGUUGCUUGCUAACUUGCAAGCUUAGCAACAACAGCAACAACAGAAGGUGAUGCAGUCGCCAUGGCGACGGUAACCGAGGCAUGGGAGUGACGUAACCCAGGUGGAGCUUCCCCCGCUAAAAAGGCCCAGACCAUGGACGAGUCGGUCCUGCUGGACUUGCUGGAGUGUCCGGUGUGCCUGGAGCGCCUGGACGCCUCGGCCAAGGUGCUGCCGUGUCAGCACACCUUCUGCCGCCGCUGCCUGCAGGGCAUCGUGGGCUCCCGCGGCGAGCUGCGCUGCCCCGAGUGCCGCACGCUGGUGGAGUGCGGCGUGGACGAGCUGCCCAGCAACAUCCUGCUGGUGCGGCUCCUGGACGGCAUCAAGCAGAAGCCGCGGCGAGCCGGGACCGCCGACGGUGUUUCCGGAGCUGGGCCGCGAGGAGCCAGGGAGCAGGCUGCACCUGGAGCGCAACCCCAGCGAGCGCAGGCCAAGAGCUCUGUGGUCCGAGGUGUGUCCCAGCUGCCGUGUGCCAAGGCGCUCCACAACUACGACGGCAAGGAGCCGGGGGACCUCAAGUUCAACAAGGGCGACGUCAUCAUCCUGCGCCGGCAAGUGGACGACAACUGGUACCACGGCGAGAUGGGCGGCGUCCACGGCUUUUUCCCCACCAACUUUGUGCAGGUCAUCAAGCCGCUGCCUCAGCCGCCGCCUCAAUGCAAGGCACUGUACGACUUUGAGGUGAAGGACAAGGAGGCCGACAAAGACUGUUUGCCCUUUUCCAAGGACCAUGUUCUCACCGUCAUCCGCAGAGUGGAUGAGAACUGGGCAGAGGGCAUGCUGGGAGAUAAAAUUGGCAUUUUCCCCAUUUCCUACGUGGAGUUCAACUCGGCAGCUCGGCAGCUGAUGGAGUCAGACAAGAUGUCGGAGCACACGGGCGAGGGUGGCGAGGGGCCCUCGGCCCAGUCGGGGCCCCAGAGCAGCAACAGCGGGGGCCCGCGGGACAAGAAGAACAGCAAGAAGAGACAUUCCUUCACCUCCCUCAGCAUGGCCCACAAGCCCGUGUUGGCCCCGCCCCCUCAGCGCCAUUCCAUGGAGAUCAGCGGCCCCGUCCUCAUCAGCUCCAGCAACCCCACCGCCGCCGCUCGCAUCGGCGAGAUCAGCGGGGGUCUGUCCUGCAGCGCUCCUUCCCAGGUACACAUUUGCACCAGCGGCCUGAUCGUGACCCCGCCCCCCAGUAGUCCCGUUACCACGGCGACGGUCUUCACAUUUCCUUCGGAGACGAGCUACACGUCCAUCCCGCUGGACGCUCUCCCUCCGCCCCCGCCUCCUCCCCCGCAGUCGUCUGGCAGAGGUGAGGCCUAUUCGCUGGCGGCGGGACAGAGACCCUCCCCCAGCAUAGGCGACCAGAGCGGGAGACAAAGACCCACCGUGUACGUGGCCAUGUUCCCCUACGCUCCUCGCAAAGAAGACGAGCUGGAGCUGAGGAAGGGUGAGAUGUUCCUGGUGUUGGAGCGCUGUCAGGACGGCUGGCUGAAGGGUACUUCCAUGCAUACUGGAAAGAUUGGAGUAUUCCCAGGAAACUACAUGAGUCCUGCCAGCAGGUCAGGCAGCGGUCAGGUGAAGGUGCCGCUGAGUGUUUGCACGCAGGCAGGCAGAGGGAUGGCCGUGGUCAGCACCUCACCUGUGGUCAGCACCUCACCUGCUCACCUUGUAGCGGUAGUGGCGGGUGCAGACCCCUCCAAACCUCCUGUGGUGAACUCCAACUCCGUGGCUCAGCCCGUUGUCACGGUAACGACCCAGACGGCCACCGGGCAGCAGCCCAAAGUCCCGUUACACCUCAGCUCCCAGAUGACGGUGACUCAGGCUCGCAACGCCGUCAGGACAGCGGCCAAUCAGAGUCAGGAGCGGCCCACAGCAGCAGCGACGGCCGUCCAGCCCCCCUCGGGCCCCCCCCAGGGCUGCACGCGUGUGGGAGGGGCCCUGGGGUGUGCCGCCGCCUCUUUGACCCCGCCCAACGUCAGCGCGGCGUCCUUGGAGGCGGACGCCGUGAGACCCGUCUCCGCGCCCGUCGGGGCCGGCAACAAUUCCACUCUCGCCGCCGGUCGACUGGACAAGGACGCCAAGAGGGAGAAGAAAAGUCUCCUGAAGCUGCUGUCCAACAAGAAGAAGUCUCGUCCCUCCCCGCCCUCCUCGCCCACGCUGGAGGCGGAGCAAGCGGCCAUCAUGGAGUCACCCCAAGGUGCCGUUGGACCUGAAAGCUCCAUUUCCUGUAGCUCUCACAGCAACUUGCUGGACGCUGACAUCACUUCCUCUUCCUCGUCUGAGCGCAAGAACCCGCCUGUGGACGCUCCUAUAGCUCCGCCUCCACGCCAGCCGUGCUCCUCGCUGUCGUCACUGCAGCACGACGCACGGCCCAUCAUCUGUGAGAGGUACAGGGCGGUGGAGGCAUACCCCGCACAGAGCGAGGCAGAGCUGGAUCUGAAGGUAGGCGAGGUGGUGUUGGUGCACAGGAAGCGAGAGGACGGCUGGUUCAAAGGAACGCUGCAGAGGAACGGAAGGACAGGUUUGUUCCCGGGAAGUUUUGUCCACAUCAUCUGACAAAGUACUUGAUUAGUACUAUGUGUGCCUUGUACUUGUCUAGUACACACAGUUGUAACUUAUUCCAUGGACUAAGGAGUACUUUGACAAUGGGACUCCUUCAAAAUAAGACACCGACUUUGAUAUUUCACUGUGCUGCCGAUCAAACGCAGUAAUCUGGUAAAGUAUUUGUGUAUUUGGAGUAGCACACAAGCUGCUAGCUACACAAGUAUUUGUGUAUUUGGAGUAGUACACAAGCUGCUAGCUACACAAGCAUUUGUGUAUUUGGAGUAGCACACAAGCUGCUAGCUACACAAGUAUUUGUGUAUUUGGAGUAGUACACAAGCUGCUAGCUACACAAGUAUUUGUGUAUUUGGAGUAGCACACAAGCUGCUAGCUACACAAGUAUUUGUGUAUUUGGAGUAGCACACAAGCUGCGAGAUACACAAGUAUUUGUGUAUUUGGAGUAGUACACAAGCUGCUAGCUACACAAGCAUUUGUGUAUUUGGAGUAGCACACAAGCUGCUAGCUACACAAGUAUUUGUGUAUUUGGAGUAGCACACAAGCUGCUAGCUACACAAGUAUUUGUGUAUUUGGAGUAGCACACACGCUGCUAGCUACACAAGUAUUUGUGUAUUUGGAGUAGCACACACGCUGCGAGAUACACAAGCAUUUGUGUAUUUGGAGUAGCACACAAGCUGCUAGCUACACAAGUAUUUGUGUAUUUGGAGUAGUACACACGCUGCUAGCUACACAAGUAUUUGUGUAUUUGGAGUAGCACACACGCUGCUAGCUACACAAGUAUUUGUGUAUUUGGAGUAGUACACAAGCUGCUAGCUACACAAGUAUUUGUGUAUUUGGAGUAGCACACAAGCUGCUAGCUACACAAGUAUUUGUGUAUUUGGAGUAGCACACAAGCUGCGAGAUACACAAGUAUUUGUGUAUUUGGAGUAGCACACACGCUGCUAGCUACACAAGUAUUUGUGUAUUUGGAGUAGCACACAAGCUGCUAGCUACACAAGUAUUUGUGUAUUUGGAGUAGUACAAAUGCUGCUAGCUACACAAUCCAACACAACUUACAGUGAAUGAAUGAUGUUGUGUAGUACAAACACAAUCCAACACAAGGUAGAGGAGUGAAUGAAUGAUGUUGUGUAGUACAAACACAAUCCAACACAAGGUAGAGGAGUGAAUGAAUGAUGUUGUGUAGCACAAACACAAUCCAACACAAAGUAGAGGAGUGAAUGAAUGAUGUUGUGUAGUACAAACACAAUCCAACACAAGGUAGAGUGAAUGAAUGUUGUGUAGUACAAACACAAUCCAACACAAGGUAGAGUGAAUGAAUGAUGUUGUGUAGUACAAACACAAUCCAACACCAGGUAGAGGAGUGAAUGAAUGAUGUUGUGUAGUACAAACACAAUCCAACACAAGGUAGAGGAGUGAAUGAAUGAUGUUGUGUAGUACAAACACAAUCCAACACAAGGUAGAGGAGUGAAUGAAUGAUGUUGUGUAGUACAAACACAAUCCAACACAAGGUAGAGGAGUGAUUGUUGUGUAGUACAAACACAAUCCAACACAAGGUAGAGUGAAUGAAUGAUGUUGUGUAGUACAAACACAAUCCAACACAAGGUAGAGGAGUGAAUGAAUGAAUGUUGUGUAGUACAAACACAAUCCAACACAAAGUAGAGGAGUGAAUGAAUGAUGUUGUGUAGUACAAACACAGUCCAACACAAGGUAGAGUGAAUGAAUGAUGUUGUGUAGUACAAACACAAUCCAACACAAGGUAGAGUGAAGGAAUGAUGUUGUGUAGUACAAACACAAUCCAACACAAGGUAGAGUGAAGGAAUGAUGUUGUGUAGUACAAACACAAUCCAACACAAGGUAGAGGGAAUGAAUGUUGUGUAGUAUAAACACAAUCCAACACAAUGUAGAGUGAAUGAAUGAAGUUGUGUAGUACAAACACAAUCCAACACAAGGUAGAGGAGUGAAUGAAUGAUGUUGUGUAGUACAAACACAAUCCAACACAAGGUAGAGUGAGUGAAUGAAUGAUGUUGUGUAGUACAAACACAAUCCAACACAAGGUAGAGGAGUGAUUGUUGUGUAGUACAAACACAAUCCAACACAAGGUAGAGUGAAUGAAUGAUGUUGUGUAGUACAAACACAAUCCAACACAAGGUAGAGGAGUGAAUGAAUGAAUGUUGUGUAGUACAAACACAAUCCAACACAAAGUAGAGGAGUGAAUGAAUGAUGUUGUGUAGUACAAACACAAUCCAACACAAGGUAGAGUGAAGGAAUGAUGUUGUGUAGUACAAACACAAUCGAACACAAGGUAGAUUGAAUGAAUGAAGUUGUGUAAUACAAACACAAUCCAACACAAGGUAAAGUGAAUGAAUGAUGUUGUAUAGUACAAACACAAUCCAACACAAGGUAGAGUGAAUGAAUGAUGUUGUAUAGUACAAACACAAUCCAACACAAGGUAGAGUGAAUGAAUGAAGUUGUGUAAUACAAACACAAUCCAACACAAGGUAGAGUGAAUGAAUGAUGUUGUGUAGUACAAACAGAAUGCAACACAACGUAGAGGAGUGAAUGCAUGAUAUUGUGUAGUACAAACACAGUCCAACACAAGGUAGAGUGAGUGAAUGAAUGAUGUUGUGUAGUACAAACACUGAGGUUGUGAUAAAAUGUCAUAUUGUAUCAUGCAGACUUCAAAGUGAUGCUAAUGAUGUAAUCUUCUUGCACGAGUGAGACCUCCUCUUACAUACAUGAUCUUUUUUUUCUACACAAUAUUGCAAUCUUCAGUUCAUGUUGAAAGGAAAAAAACAUCAAUAAAUUCAGAAAUAAUGGAAAUCAUUAUACAUAAAUACUUUUCAUGCACAUUUAUCUACCAUAUAUAUAUAUAUAUAUAUAUAUAUA